AGGCCAAAACGCCGCCGACGGCCGCCGACGGCGGCCGACGGCCGACAUCUUAGUUGUGUUGCUGCGCGUGUGUAGCCUGGUUCUGUGUCUGAUGUUCCCCUCUAUUCAUCCUGAAAACGCCUUGUUUCCUCGCCUCUCGUGAAUCAAUUUCGUUGCAUUAUUCAACUCUCCGCCAACAUGAGCGUGCACGACGAGGUUCUGAGGAUCCAGAAGAAGCUGAGCAAAAUUACGUCGGGUGAAGGGGGACAGGACCAGGCCCUUGAACUCCUCAAGGCGCUGAAGGAGCUGGACGUCACCCUUGACAUUCUGACAAAAACUAGGAUUGGAAUGACUGUGAAUGCAUUACGGAAGUCAAGUUCAGAUGAAGAGGUCAUCGCUCUGUCUAAAACGCUUAUCAAGAACUGGAAGAAAUUUUUACAAGGUCCAGCCACCCCUAACAAUAAAGAUUCUGCGAGCAGCUCUAAGGACAAAAAAGAAGAUAAACCCAAAAAAGAAGAUUCUCGUGAAAAAGAAAGAGAAAAGGAGAAAGACAAGGGAAACAGGCAAUCUGCAUCGUUCCCUCCAACCAGCAACACUACAGAUGCUGUUCGGCUGAAAUGCAGAGAAUUAUUGGCAACUGCCAUUAAAGGCUCAGCUGACAUUCCUGAAGGCUGUGCAUCUCCUGAUGAAUUGGCAGAAGAAUUGGAAGAGGCCAUUUACAAGGAAUUUAAAAAUACUGACAACCGGUACAAGAACCGUGUAAGAAGUAGAGUUGCCAAUCUGAAAGAUACCAAAAAUCCAGAACUCCGACAGAAUUUUGUCAAUGGUGUUUUAACAGCUUCUAGGCUUGCUACAAUGACAGCUGAGGAAAUGGCUAGCAGUGAGAUGAAAGAAAUCAGAAACAAAUUUAUGAAAGAGGCCAUUAAUGAUGCCCAACUAGCCACAGUACAAGGAACUAAAACAGACCUGUUGAAAUGUGGCAAGUGCAAGAAGCGAAACUGUACAUACAACCAGAUCCAAACAAGAAGUGCUGAUGAACCUAUGACCACUUUUGUCUUGUGCAAUGAAUGUGGCCAUCGGUGGAAGUUCUGCUGAGAACAUCUACAGCUGCUUUGUAGCCCAGUUCACCGUACAGCUCUUCUUAGUGUGUUUAUUUCACACUGUUUGUUUUAUGUUUGACUUGAUGGAACCUUUUUGUAAAUUCUGUUGGAUCCCUUUAUUGGUCUGGUUUUGCAGUAAGUGUUGCCCUUUGAUACACUGAUCUGUAUUUCUGUUUGGUUUUGAAUCAAUUAGUGUUGCUGAAAAUAAGUAAAAAUCAGAAGCAAAAAAUAUUCACAUUUAAAAAUUAAA